ACGAUAGGCAAGCCCGACCACCACAUCAAAGUAGCAGCAACGGUCAGUUUCAGUAUUUUGUGAUAAACAACUAUUCAAUAGAAAGGAAAAAAAUAUAUACAUCAAAGUUCACAAUUACACAAGAUUGUACUUUUUUCUAUCAACUGUACUUUAAAUAAUUCAGCUGAUGUACAAUUUUACAAGUCAUUAUGCAAAAUAGAUAUCACAUUCAAAUUUAUGCACAUAGGUGUGUCAUUUUAUUUUUUUUUUAUAUCAACCAAUGACAAACUUUAGAAAAAAAAGGGGUAUAAUUUAUAAAAACCGGUACUAGAUCAUUUCUUUCCCAUAGAUACUAUUUAAAACAAAUAUAAACUAUUGAAACAUUGAAUUCAUUCGACAAACAACCGAAAAAAAAUGGUUUGUUGUAAAAAACAAAAUAAAAUUUAUGAUUAUGUUGAUAAAAUUCAUUCACAUCUUAAUUCCAAAGAAUUAGAAUUAUUAGAACGUCAAUUUAUAUUAGAUUGUAUUGCUGUUAGACAAAUAUGUGAUGAUUAUUCUAAAGCAAAUCCAAAACAUGGAUCUAUUAUACCACCAUAUAAUGGACAAUUAGAUCCAUAUGCUAAAUCAUAUUUUGAGUCAUUGAAUAUACAAAAAUUAUUAGAGAAAACUGGUCAGGUUAGUUUUGUUUAAUAUAUGUAUAUGUAUAUUUUUUUUCAUGGUUGAAAUCAUGAGUUAAUUGAAGAUAGAUCACCAUGGAAAACUUGGAGGUACUGGACGGCCGUUUCGUCCUA